GCCUGGCCCGAAUUGCUUCAGCCCGGUGGUUUUAAGUGAAGAAAAAAAGAAAAACAGAGAACGGCUCGAGCUUUGGGAGGAAGAUUGGUCUCAAGGGUUUCGAAGUCUGGGAAGAGGUUUUCCUCGGCUCCAUUGGCCAAGUCCCUUCGACCUCCUCCUUGUGCCCCUGUUUCUUGUGCGACCUUUUGUCCUGUCAGGAAUGCAAGAUCCACAAAUUAUGCCACUAAAGGAAGCCUCCAAUCAGAAGCCACGAAAAAAGAAGUCAUUGAACCAAAUGGCUCCUGCAAUUCAGAUGAAGGCAGAAAUUGGAGGAGCGAAAGAGGCUUCCCAUCCGUCUGGUAAGAUGCAAAAGAAAUCCAAGAGAAGCCUGAAGAAUGAUGUGUCCCCGCCUUUCCAACAGACGGAUACAUCAACUCCAGAUUCUUUGCUAGAUGCCUCAGGGUCUAAAGAUGAGUAUCGAACAUUGAGGCGCAAAUAUUUAUUGCUGGAAGAAGAAAGCUUCUCAUUGGGGAGAGAAUUGAGUGAGGUUGAAGCAGAAGUUAAGACCCUAGAAGAUGAAAAGUCUGCUCUUUUGGAUGAGCUUGUUGUCCUAGAAGGUCUUAUUGAUCCUUCAGAAAUUCAGGCCCCAGGAGGAUUGUGAUGCUAUCCUUGUCCCAUAGCCAGCUUUGGUUCUUAGGACUAUGGUUUACUUGCUGUAAAAUUAUGUGUAGUACCUGGUUAUAUUUUGAUAAGACAAAAGGAUUCAUCAGUAAAUUAUGUUUGAUGGCACUUAUUGCGUUA